AUGGCAUUACCUAUAGCCACAUACGAACCGGAUGCCAAUGCAACACCCGCACUGACAGAUGCAAAAAGAGCAAUGGGAACACCAAUAGUAACAGACAUGCCCACAACAACGCCCGCAGCACCCAUAGCCACAGGAAAGUCUGUAGGUACAUCUACAACCACAGCAGCACACACGGCCACAGGAAAAUCUGGACCAAUGACAACAUCCACUGCAUACAUGAAAGAUGUGCUAAGAGCAAUGGGAACACCAAUAGUAACAAACAUGCCCACAACAACGCCCACAGCACCCAUAGCCACAGGAAAGUCUGUAGGUACAUCUACAACCACAGCAGCACACACGGCCACAGGAAAAUCUGGACCAAUGACAACAUCCACUGCAUACAUGAAAGAUGUGCAAAGAGAAAUAGUAGAUCCAAUAACAGCAACGCCACCCAGAACAAUGACCUCACCCAUACUGACGGACACACCCAUAGUGAUGACAGCACCCAUAGUAAAAGAUGAAACCUUGACAACACUAACAUCCAAGGAAACAGUAGCAAAUUCAAAGACACAUACCAUAACAUCAGACACAUCCAACAACAGCUCGAGCAUCACUCAGACACGUGACUGUAUUUCAGAUGAAGGCGCGGCUCGACUUGGAACCGUUGCUGGCUCCGUCAUUGAAGAUGACGCCCCAACUGAGUAUCCAAGCUCCACACCGAUCAAGGACGACAAGCCCCGGACUCCCCUGAACCAUCCCAACCAACGAAAGUCAAGGAACGAACAGCAAGGUGUCGACCCGCAUAUCUCCAGGAUUGCAUGGUGGAAAGAUGAACAGCAAGGUGUGGCCCUCACGAUCUUGGCGUGGCCAUUCUGGUGGCGGGAGGAACAGCAUGACUUCGAGCGUCCAAUCGUGGCCUGGGUCUAA